AUGGCGGCGACGCCGGCGGGCGAGGGCCCACUCCUCUACUUCUUCUUCUCCCUGGAGCCGCUCGUCCUCCACGGCGUGGACGCCGCGGUCCACGUCCUCCUCGCGCUCGCCGUCGCGGGGCGGUUUCUGUUCCGCUGCUGCGGCCUCUCCGUCGCCAAGGACGGGGAGGCGCGUGGAGGCGGACCCCGCGGCGGAGGCCGGUUCCGGUGCCACGGGGUCGCGGCCUGCGCCACGUGGGCCCUGGCGGCGGCCGAGGUCCUGCUCGCGGCCUACUCGUGCUACCUGGUUGCCACCUCCGGCUCCGGGUGGUCGCGUGACGCGGUGGUGGGCCUCGUGGACGCGGCCGCGCGCGCGGUGGCGUGGCUGCUGCUCGCCGCGUACCUGCAGUUCGACUUCGGGCGGCGGCGCGAGGAGCGGUUCCCGGCGCCGCUCAGGCUCUGGUGGGCGUUCUUCCUGCUGCUGUCCAUCCUGGCCGUCGCCGACCACGUGGCGACGAGCCUCGACGGGCUCCUGGUGCCGGCGCUCGCGUGGGUGUUCGACGCCGUCUCGGUUGCUGCUGCCGUGGUCCUGCUCUGCGCUGGGUUCGUAGGCAGGAGGGAGGGAGGCGGCUCUGCUGCCGAGGAGCCUCUGCUCAACGGCGCGCAUGAGACGGCGGACGGUAACAGCCGCAGCGACGCCGAGGCGUCCAGGUUCACCGGCGCCGGUUUCUUCAGCGUGCUCACCUUCUCGUGGAUGGGCCCCCUCCUCGCCGUCGGCCACAAGAAGACCCUCGGCCUGGACGACGUCCCGGGGCUCGACCCCGGUGACAGCGUCUCCAGCCUGCUCCCGACGUUCAAGGCCAACCUCGAGGAGCUGGCGGGCGGCGUCUCCGGCUCCGGCCGGAAGGCCGUCACGGCGUUCAAGCUCACUAAGGCCCUGUUGCGCACCGUGUGGUGGCACGUCGCGGUGACCGCGUUCUACGCGCUGGUCUAUAACGUCGCCACCUACGUUGGCCCGUACCUCAUCGACUCCCUGGUGCAGUACCUCAACGGCGACGAGAGGUACGCGAGCAAGGGGCAGCUCCUUGUCCUCGCGUUCAUUGUCGCCAAGGUAUUCGAGUGCCUGUCGCAGCGCCACUGGUUCUUCCGGCUGCAGCAGGCGGGGAUACGCGCUCGUUCCGCGCUUGUUGCCGUCGUGUACCAGAAGGGCCUCGCGCUGUCAAGCCAGUCGAGGCAGAGCCGCACGAGCGGCGAGAUGAUCAACAUCAUCAGCGUCGACGCCGACCGCGUCGGGAUCUUCUCAUGGUACAUGCACGACCUCUGGCUGGUGCCGUUGCAAGUGGGCAUGGCGCUGUUCAUCCUGUACUCUACCCUCGGGCUCGCUUCCCUCGCCGCACUUGGAGCCACCGUGGUCGUCAUGCUUGCCAAUGUGCCUCCUGGGCGAAUGCAGGAGAAGUUCCAGCAGAAGCUCAUGGACUGCAAGGAUGUCAGGAUGAAGGCAACGUCUGAGAUCCUGCGCAACAUGCGGAUUCUGAAGCUGCAGGGGUGGGAAAUGAAGUUCUUGUCCAAGAUCAUUGAGUUGAGGAAGACAGAGACAAAUUGGCUGAAGAAAUACCUCUACACAUCGACUUUGGUUACCUUUGUGUUCUGGGGGGCCCCGACUUUCGUUGCUGUGGUGACCUUUGGGGCGUGCAUGCUCAUGGGGAUUCCAUUGGAGUCAGGGAAAGUGCUUUCUGCUUUGGCCACGUUCCGCGUGCUGCAGGAGCCAAUAUACAACCUUCCUGACACGAUCUCAAUGGUGAUCCAGACCAAGGUGUCUCUGGACAGGAUAGCAUCAUUCCUAUGUCUUGAGGAAUUGCCGACUGAUGCUGUGCAGAGGUUGCCAAAUGGUAGUUCAGAUGUUGCAAUUGAGGUCACCAACGGGUGCUUCUCCUGGGAUGCCUCACCGGAAUUGCCAACGCUGAAGGACCUGAACUUCCAAGCUCAGCAAGGCAUGCGUGUUGCAGUUUGUGGGACAGUGGGCUCUGGUAAAUCGAGCUUGCUAUCUUGCAUUCUUGGUGAGAUCCCAAAGUUGUCAGGAGAGGUUAAGAUUUGCGGGAUGACGGCUUAUGUCAGCCAGUCAGCAUGGAUACAGAGUGGCAAAAUCCAGGACAACAUAUUGUUUGGCAAGGAGAUGGACAUGGACAAAUAUGAAAGAGUCCUUGAGUCGUGUUCACUGAAGAAAGACUUGGAGAUCUUGCCAUUCGGUGACCAAACUGUCAUCGGAGAGCGAGGGAUCAACCUGAGUGGUGGGCAGAAGCAAAGGAUUCAGAUAGCCCGCGCUUUGUAUCAGGAAGCAGACAUCUAUUUGUUCGAUGACCCAUUCAGUGCUGUUGAUGCUCAUACAGGGUCCCACCUUUUCAAGGAAUGCUUGCUCGGGGCUCUGUCUUCAAAAACAGUAGUUUAUGUUACUCAUCAGAUUGAAUUCCUACCGGCAGCUGACCUUAUUUUGGUGAUGAAAGAUGGCAAAAUAGCACAAGCAGGAAAAUACAAUGAAAUACUUGGUUCAGGAAAAGAGUUCAUGGAGCUAGUUGGUGCACACAAGGAUGCACUCGCAGAAUUGGACACAAUCGAUGCUGCAAACGUAAGCAACGAGGGAUCCCCUUCCAGAGGUACAGCAAAACUGACCAGAGCUUUAUCGUCAGCUGAGAAGAAAGAUAAACAGGACGAAGGGAACAAUCAGAGUGGACAGCUGGUGCAGGAAGAAGAAAGAGAGAAAGGCAAGGUUGGGUUUUGGGUCUACUGGAAGUACCUCACCUUAGCUUAUAAGGGUGCACUUGUACCGUUAGUGUUGCUUGGACAGCUACUUUUCCAAGUCUUACAAAUUGGGAGCAAUUACUGGAUGGCUUGGGCUGCUCCCGUCUCAAAGGACGUUGAGCCUCCAGUGAGCAUGUCAACACUGAUAUAUGUCUAUAUCGCAUUGGCUGUUGGAAGCUCGUUGUGCGUCCUCUUAAGAGCUUUGUUUCUUGUAACAGCCUCAUACAAGACAGCGACUCUAUUAUUCGACAAGAUGCACAUGUCCAUAUUUAGAGCUCCUAUGUCUUUCUUCGAUUCCACUCCGAGUGGGCGCAUCUUGAACAGAGCUUCCACUGAUCAGAGCGAAGUGGACACCAGCAUUGCAUACCAGAUGGGUUCUGUUGCAUUUGCUGUCAUACAACUUGUUGGAAUCAUUGCUGUGAUGUCUCAGGUUGCAUGGCAGGUGUUUGUUGUUUUCAUUCCUGUAGUUGCUACCUGUUUCUGGUAUCAGCGAUACUACAUUGAUACAGCCAGGGAGCUGCAAAGGCUAGUAGGAAUUGCUGGUCUUGCAGUCACAUAUGGGCUUAACCUGAACAUGCUGCAAGCAUGGGUUGUCUGGAGCAUGUGCACUUUGGAGAACAAGAUUAUAUCAGUAGAGAGAAUUCUGCAAUAUAUAAGCAUUCCUGCAGAGCCACCUCUUUCCAUGUCAGAAGAUAAGCUGGCUCAUAACUGGCCAUCCGAAGGAGAAAUUCAGCUCCACGACCUCCAUGUGAAAUAUGCCCCUGCAGUUGCCAUUUGUUCUGAAGGGACUUACAGUCACCUUCCUGGAGGCCUGAAGACCGGUAUUGUUGGAAGAACAGGAAGCGGCAAAUCCACCCUUAUACAGGCUCUUUUCCGUAUCGUGGACCCAACUAUUGGCCAGAUACUAAUAGACAGUGUCAACAUUUGCACUAUUGGUCUGCACGAUCUGAGAUCUAGACUGAGCAUCAUUCCACAAGAGCCAACCAUGUUCGAGGGGACUGUGAGAAGUAACCUUGACCCUCUUGGGGAGUACACUGACAGUCAAAUCUGGGAGGCCUUGGAUUGCUGUCAGUUAGGUGAUGAGGUGAGGAGGAAGGAACACAAGCUUGACUCACCAGUGAUAGAGAACGGCGAGAACUGGAGCGUGGGUCAGCGUCAGCUUGUAUGCCUUGGUAGGGUAAUCCUGAAGCGGAGCAAGAUCCUCGUCCUGGACGAAGCUACCGCUUCAGUGGACACCGCAACAGACAACCUGAUCCAGAAGACGCUUCGGCAGCAAUUCUCGGAGGCGACGGUCAUCACCAUCGCGCACAGGAUCACGUCGGUCCUCGACAGCGACAUGGUCCUCCUCCUCGACAACGGCGUGGCCGUGGAACGCGACACGCCGGCCAAGCUGCUGGAGGACAAGUCGUCGCUCUUCUCCAAGCUCGUCGCGGAAUACACGAUGAGGUCGACGCACACGUAG